CACCAACAAAGUUAGCUUUACUUGUGCAGUUAAUAAGACAUUUGACAUACUUUAGCUACACCAAAAAAAAAAAUAAAUUAAACAAAACAGCCGGAGCUUGUAGUUUAAAGCACUAGCUAGCAGUUAGAAGCUAAAGGAAGACAUUCACCUUCGUAUGAUGUCCAGCAACGGCGGAAGGGAGGAUGUUUUACAGCAGGUCAGCCACUUUUGGUCCAUGCUGGACGACUUGUCUCAAAGCGACCCAGCAGCUUACCGCAAGUUUAUAGAGGAGCAAAUGAAGAGAGGAGCUGAAUUCAACGCACCGCCUGAGCUCCAUUCGUGUCUGCGAACUCAGAUACUGGAGCCAAAGCCAGGUUUGCUCUACAUUAACAUUUGCAGCUGGAAGCGUGUGCCUGCGCCUCAGGAUCAGAGCAGCUCCCUUCCUUUGUGCGGAGGAAAACUAGAGAGAUGCAACACAGAGGACCAAGGCUGCUUCGCUGUGCUGGAUGUGGCGCUAAAUACUUCAGUGCUACAGAAGAAGAAAGAGGAUAAAGUAGAUAUUAAUAAUAUCUAUAUGCUGGCCCUGAGCUUUGCCCAGCAACAGCACGGGAUGCUGUUAUCUCAGGAGUACAGCGUCGUCAGCUGUAGUCCGAAAGGUAACCCGGACGACUUGCAGUGUCGGCUCGGCUUUCAGAAGCUGCCCAUCAUCUCCAAGCAACUGGAAACAACCAGUCAGACUCCAGCCGCCCUCCUGCGACAGAUCUCCUCUUCCCAGCGAUCGGAGGAGGACAGCGCCGCCCAAAUCGUUUGCAGGCCCGCGGAGCAGACCAAGGCGAAUUUGAUCCAGGUCAUUUCCAGCACUUUCCAGGGGCCUCGGGAGCCCGAGUAUGUGGUGGAGGUGAAGAGCGACGCGGCGGGAGUCCCUCGCAGCGUGGAGCUGACGGUGGAGCUGCCGAAAGUUCGUUCCAUGUCAGAGUGCCAGCUGAGAGUGUCUAAGGAGGAUGUUCUUCUAGAAGUGGAAGAUGUUUACCAUUUGCUUCUGGAGUUUCCAAAAACAGUGAACGAGGACACGGCCGCUGCCGUCUUCAGCAAGAAGAAACGGAGGCUCACGCUGACAGCAGCUGUUUUGUGACCAAUUAACUUCAGCGAGAAGAGGGAGAGGGUUCGCCGGGUCACGCACGUAAGGAGGGAACUCUCACAGCAACAGAAAACACACCUUAAGAAGAGCGCUAUACAAUGCAGUCAGAAUUAAGAGCGCGUAGUGCGUGGGAACAUACAAGCCGUGCUUCAAACUAAAAUCUAACAAGCUGUUUUGGUUGUAGUUUGAGGCAGAGCUGUAAAUUGAUCUAUUUUCAGAAUGUUCUUACAGAGAAAUGUGUUACAUUGUCCCAGUGUGCUAUGUAGGCUGAUGUGCAGGGACAAGUGUAAUUCCUAACCCUCCACUGCCUACCAAAAGAUUUAUUGACAUUAAUAACAAUUUGUGUCCUGAAGAACUACAUGAGGAAUGUAUAUUUUAGCCUUUUUUGUGAGAGGAUUUUUGAUACUAGUGGUCUCUAUUGAACAACAAGCCCGCUGCAAAAACACAAAAUCUAAUAUUUCCGGUCUAGUUUCUAGUGCAAAUGUCUUAGAGCACUUGAGAUAAGACUAAAUUAUCUUACAAGUAACUUUUUAGCAAGAUAUAGGAGCUUGCUUUAAGUAAAUGAUUCCUCAACAUUGAUGAAAAAAACACUAGUUAUAAGUGAAAUAAUCUCCCAGUAGAACAAGACAUUUUUCCCCUAUUAGAAGCCAAAAUAUCAGAUCAUUUCGCUUAUAACUAGUAUUUUUUUCACCAAUAUUAAGAAAUUAUUGACUUAAAACAAGCUCCUGUUUAGUCCUGAAAAGUUGCUUGUAAGGUUGUUUUGUCUUAUAUCAAAAUAUUCGCACUAGAAAAUCACCUGGUAAGAUUUCGGGGGUCUGCAGUGCUGACAGGACAGAAAGUGUUUCUACAUAGGGGGAAAAAUGGUCAAGAAAACAUUCCAUGUAAUAAUUUAAGUUUAUUAAAAUGUCAAAAUUGAUGCAGAACAACAAGAUUUUUUGGCAAUAUGGAACUUUGUGUAAUAUGUCAACACUGUAUUUUUGAAGUCUGCACUCGAUGAGCCGAUUACAACCGUUAUGAACACAAACUCAUCCAACAUUUUUUUCCCCUAAACAUUCAAAGCUUCAAGUAUCACAUUACUGGCCGUUAACAUUGCAGUUGGACAUGUUCGUCUUCAAGCCGGUAUCAAUGUGUAAAAUGCAAUUCUAUUAAAUAAAGCGGUACCCAAA